UCAAUAAUGUAACCUUCCGUUCAAUCCGCAUGAUCGAGAGCGGCAAGGGAAUCUACAUCAAGUCCAACCCCGAGUGCGGCAUCGAUGAGGUCGCGGGAGCCCCAAAGGCGGCCAUCAUCUCAAACAUCCUCUACGAGGACAUCCUCAUCGACCGCCCGCGCUGGUGGGCCAUCUGGAUCGGGCCGCAGCAGCAGCACGAGCCGCACUCGUCGCUCGGCCUAAAGUGCGCCCUCGACUACCCGCUCUCGCGCCACUGCCCGACGCAGGGCUGCGUCACCUUUGCAAACAUCACGCUGCGCAACGUCCACAUCGAGCGUCCGCUCAUCUCUCCGGGCGUCAUCAAGGGCAACGCGACCAGCCCAAUCACCGGGCUCGCCUUUGACAACGUGACGGUCUCGCGUCCCGGCCGAUUCCCCUUUGGCGCGAGCUACGAGUGCGAGCACGCCUCUGGCCGCGCCGUGGGCUCGUCGCCGCCGCCGGCCUGCUUGCUGCCGGGAGUCCUGAGUUCUUGGUAGGAGUUGCUGGGUACUGCAUGCGUGUUGCGAGAAUGGAGAGUUGGAGAUGGAUCAUGGAUUGGGGAGAGGGUACAAGGCUAUUUUCGAUC